AUGGAAGCGUUGAUCGGACAGGCCACGUGGCGCCCCACUGCAACUGCUGGAGGGCGUAAAGCGACGUCUGGAGGGCACGACGAAAUGAGGCCUGAGGGAGGGCAAGAGUCGCAGCGGGAGCCUCUUCCUGUGGGGCAAACACUGUCUCAAGUUCGAAACUCCAGGCCUGAAGUCCUACGCACUAGCAAUCAGGUUGCACCUGACAGUUAUCUGAGCUGGGCGCUUAAUGGGAAUAAGAAAUGUCCACCUGAGCCGCCUACCAAAGGCGUUGCAGAUGGGCAGGAGGAGGAGGAAGACUCAUCGUCUGAUGACGAUGAGGACCCUUCAGACUUGGAUCCGUCUGACUCGGAAGAUGAGGAGGAUCACCACAAAAAGAAAAAGAAGGGCACCGUGUAUAAGCAAAUCGCGCCAAUGACACCCGAAAAGUACAGCGGUGAGGCUGACCCAAUGAAAUUCUACCGCUUUGCAACCCAAUGCGCGAGAUUCUGCAGGGAGGCCAAUAUCCCAAAGUACGAUCGGAUAUCCAAAUGUGCGGAUUACUUGACCGGUAAAGCGUACAAGUUCUACACAACAGAAGUAUCAAUGGAUACCGAAGGGUGGAGCAUGAAGAAAUUUCUGAAAGGUCUCUUCAAUUAUUGCUUCCCACCUGACUUCCGUUUGAAGCAAAGCCAUAAGCUAGAAAAGAUGACACAGGGAAACCUAUGA